UCUUACCCUCUUGAGGAACUAUCUAUUCUUGAACCAUGGCCAUCCAUAUGCCACGAAUCAUCCACGCUAAGAGAAUUACUCAACAGUCAGUAAAUGUACCACAGGGAUAUCUUGCUGUUUAUAUUGGGGAUGACAAGAAGAGGUUUGUUGUUCCAGUUAGUUAUCUGAACCAUCCUUCAUUCCAACACUUGCUAAACCAAGCUGAAGAAGAAUUUUGGUUUCACCAGCCAACUGGAGGCCUCACACUUCCCUGCACAGAGGAUGUCUUCGUUGAUCUUGCCUCACACCUUGAACAGAAUUUGAGAUUGAACCUCUAAUCUUUGUAUAGUACAAUUUUGUAGAGAGACUCAUUUAGUACUUCCUUUUCUCUGUGCACAUAGAGACAACACUGGAGAAAAUUUACUGUCCUGAUGUUAGAAAUCUUAUUAUGAGAAGUCAACAGAUUCCUGUUACAGUAACUUCAAGAGAGAAAG